AUGCUAGUGCUACCUUGUGUGGGAAUUUAUGGAAUUGAGGGCAUUGGUAAGACUACUCUUGCUAAAGUCAUAUACAACAAGUUGUCUGAUCUAUUUGUGCAUCGUAGCUUCAUUGCAAAUAUCAGGGAAUCAUGUGAAUGUGAUAGUAUUAAUUACUUGCAAAAUCAAUUAAUCUUUGAUAUGCAAAAAGAAAAAGAUCAAUUUUGUAAUAAUGAUGAAGGAAUUAAGUGCAUCUUGUCUAGGUUUAAAGAUGAGAAAGUCCUCAUCAUUCUUGAUGAUGUGGAUACCUCUGAUCAGAUAGAGGCUUUGGCUGGAAAUCCUUAUUGGUUUGGCUCAGGAAGUAAGAUCUUUGUUACCACUAGAAAUGAGAGUGUUCUUGAUAAGGCCAGAGUGGACAUCAAGUAUGAGCAUAAGCAAAUGCAUGAAAAGCAAUCUCUUAUCCUUUUUUCUAGACAUGCAUUUCGAAGAGACUAUCCUCCAAGUGAAUUUUUAGCUCUAUCUCGUCUUGUUAUAUCUACAACAGAAGGGAUUCCCAUGGCUGUCAAGGAUAUAGGUUCAUUUUUGUGUGAAAAACCAUCACGAAUAUGGAGAGAAACAAUACAGAAGAUGCAAAAUAUAUCUCAUAUGGCCGUGCAAGAAAAGUUUAGGAUAAUUUGUGAAGAAAUGGGGGAGGAUCGAAAAAAUGCGGAAGAUGUGUCUUCCGUGAAUCUUGCCAUGCCUAGUCCUUCCAUCCCGCCAAGCGAAAACAAUUACGAAGUGUUCUUGAAUUUUAGAGGUGUGGAUACUCGAAGAGACUUCACCGACUACCUCUACUGUAGCCUUGUUGAUGUUGGAAUCCGUGUCUUCACGGAUGACGAUGAGCUCCGCGUGGGCGAAAGAUUGAGCGAAGAUCUUAUGCAAGCCAUUAGGAACAGCAAUAUUUUGAUCCCAAUUAUCUCUGUGAAUUAUGCUUCUAGCAAAUGGUGCCUUGAUGAACUUGUUCAAAUGAUGACGUGCAAGAGACGCUUAGGGCACAUAGUGUUACCUAUUUUCUACAAAGUGGAACCUGCAGAUGUGCGGGAUCAAAAGGGUCAAUUUGGAGAGGCAUUUCAUUAUUCCGGGAGGCGUUUCGAUCAAAAGUUUACGAAGGAAUGGCAGCAAGCGCUAACAGAAGUCAGUUCCUUACGAGGAUGGCAAUUUGCUAAUAGGCCUCUAGGAGAAUUGGUAAAAUCAAUUGUGCAAAAAGUUUUGAAUGAGUUGAAGAAAACGGUGGAGUUGGAUAUUUCUAAGAAUUUGGUCGGAAUUGAUAGUCAUGUGGAGGAGGUUAUGAAAUUAAUAAAUAGGAGUUCUGGUGCUACCCUAUUUGUGGGAAUUUAUGGAAUGGAGGGCAUUGGUAAGACGGCUCUUGUUAAAGUGAUCUACAACAAGCUAUUGAAUCAAUUUGAGCAUUGUAGCUUCAUUGUAGACAUUAGGGAAUCAUGCAAUCGCAAUGGUAUUAGUUACUUGCAAAAUCAAUUAAUACGUGAUAUAUUGCGAAGAGAUAUUCGAUUGCAUAACAAACAUCAUGGAAUCCGCAUCAUCUCAUCCGAGCUUAAAGAUAAGAAAGUCCUCAUUAUUCUAGAUGAUUUAGAUACCACUGAUCAGUUAGCAGCUUUGGCUGGAAAUCCUAAUUGGUUUGCACCAGGAAGUAGGAUCUUUGUUACCACUAGAGAUAAGAGUGUUCUUGCUAGGGCUAGCAUGGACAUCAAGUAUGAGCAUAAGAAAAUGGAUGAGGAGCAAUCUUUGAUCCUAUUUUCUAGACAUGCAUUUCGAAGUGACUCUCCUCCUAGUGAGUUUUCAGCUCUCACUCACGUUGUGGUAUCUAUAACGGGAGGGCUUCCCUUAGCUCUCAAGGUUGUAGGUUCAUUUUUGUGUGGAAAACCAUCAGCGCUGUGGUCAGAAACGAUAUGUAAGAUGCAAAAUAUGCCUCAGAGGGAAGUGCCAAAAAAGUUGAUGAUAAGUUAUGAAGCAUUGGAGGAGGAUCAAAGACAAAUGUUCUUGGAUAUCGCUUGUUUUUUAAUUGGGAGUGAUGCAAGAAUUGCAUGCUAUAUGUGGAAUGCUUGUGGCUUUUUUGCAAGGGGAGGAAUUGAAGUACUGAGAUCUUUGUUGUUCAUAAGUAUUGGAGAUAAUCAUGAGUUCAGAAUGUAUGACCAAAUGAGAGAUCUAGGUAGGGAAAUUGUGCGUGCAGAAAACUACCACAAGCCUCACCAACGUAGUAGAUUGUGGGAUUAUGAGGAAGCCUUGGAAGUGCUAGAGAGCAAGAAGGGAGGUGGAAGGAUUGAAGCCAUUUGUCUGGAGGAAGGCAACUCUAAUUAUAUAAAUGAUCAAGGGAGCUGCACAUUUGUGGAUGAACAAUUUAGAAACUUAUCGAACUUGAGGUUUCUUCACAUGAGUGAUGUGAAUCUUCGUGGAGAUUAUAGUGAUUCAUUUUCUCAGUUAAGAUGGCUCAAAUGGGGGAAGUGUGCCUCAAAUUUUGAAGCACACAAAUUUCAUGCAGCGGAAUUAGUCGUACUCGAUUUGUCAGGAAGCUCGAUUUCAGAUGUUUGGCAGGGAUGGCAUUCAAUGAUGAAGGCAGAAAAACUGAAAGUUCUCAACCUCACAAGUUGCCAUUCCUUAAAAAGGACUCCUUACCUCUCAGCUUUUAAAAGAUUGGAGAUUUUGAUCCUUAGAAAUUGUAGUGAAUUGGAGCAAAUUGAUAAUUGUAUUGGAGACAUGGAGAAUCUCGUUUCCUUGGACUUGAGUGGAUGUUCUGGUCUUAAGAAGCUCCCGCUUCAAAUGGCUAAACUAGAACAAUUGAAGGAACUUCUUCUAGAUGAAACUGCGAUACAAGAAAUACCUUCCUUCAUAAGUUCUCUAAAGAAGCUAGAGAUGCUUAGUGCUAGGGAUUGCAAAUUAUUAAUUGGAUUUCCGGACUCUGUAAGUAGUUUGGUGAAUUUGUCGACCAUUGUCUUAUCAGGUUGUGUUGAGCUUGCAACACUUCCACAAAAGCAUUCGGUUCCUUGAGAAUUUGCGGUGCUUGUCAUUGAGAAGCUGCCAACAAUUGAGAGAGAUUCCCAGCUGGAUUGGCAAUUUGAAAUUGUUGACUCAACUAGACUUGAGUGGAUGUUCGCGUAUUCAGCAGCUACCGUCUCAAAUUGGUGAGCUAAAACAAUUGAAGGAACUUCUUCUAGAUGAAACUGCAAUACAAGAAAUUCCUUCCUUCAUCAGUUCUCUAGAGAAGCUAGAGACACGGAGUGCCAAUAGUCGCAAAUUAACUCUUUAAGCUGUUUAGUGAAUUUGUCGACCCUUGUCUUAUCAGGCUGUGUUGAGUUUCCAGAUUUCUUGACAGCAUCGGGUUUCUUGUGAAUUGCUUAUCAUUUGGAUGCUGCGAUGGGUUGAGAGAGAUCCCAACUUAAUUGGGAAGUUGGAAUUGUUGACUCAGCUGGACUUAUCACGGACAAGGAUCACAGAAUUGCUUGAAGGAAGUUCUAGAUCUUGGUAACAAUAGCAUAGAAAAGCUGCCAGAUGGUAUUGGAAGGUUGAAAAAGCUUUGAGAGUUAUAUGCAUGAUGGUGCUCGAAUUUGGGAGGGGAAUACCAAGCAUUUGUAAUCUUUCUUUUUUAAGUCUAGUGCAUUUUGAUUUAAUGCCCAAUAAUCUGGAAUUCUUGUGGAUUUUUAUUCAAAUGAGUGGUUUGUGAUUUAGGUUGUUUUCAUGAUGAAGCAGAAGCAGCAAUAUCAUUUCUGGUCUCUGCUCAUGGUGAAGUUUAGGACCCUAUUGGUGCUGUUGAUG